GCUCUCAUGCCCAAUCCCGCCCGCCCCUUAUCUUUUCUUUGAGCCUGCUGCUCCAAUUUCAUUCAUCGUUCAUGACUAUGGGCGGAAGUCAACCCCUUGACCUCACCGUGCUUGACCAAAUCCCGGUGGCCCCUCCGCCGGAAUCCACACCGGAACUCACCCUUCCCCUAACUUUUCUCGACAUUUUGUGGCUGCACAUGAGCCCUGUCCACCGCCUCAUAUUCUACCAACACCCCGUCUCAACCACCCAUUUCCUCCACACCCUUCUCCCCAUCCUCCAAACCUCGUUAUCCCAAACCCUCCGACACUACAGUCCCUUAGCCGGCAGAUUGAUGGUCUCGCCCGACAACUCCGUCCUGCCGGAAAUCCGUUACGCCCACGGCGACACCGUCCCGUUACUCAUCGCCGAGUCCAAAUCAAGCGGCGACGUUUUCGACCACCUCGUGUCGGACGGCGUAAGGAGUUGCUCUGUUUUUCACCCGCUUGUUCCGAGCCUACCCCCUGCUUCAGACGGCGGCGGCUCGGCCGUCUCCGUCCCCGUGUUAGCCUUGCAGGUGACGCUUUUCCCCGACGUCGGGAUUUGCAUCGGCGUGACCAACCACCACGUCAUCGGUGACGGCAGCUCCAUCUUUCGUUUCAUGGAGGCGUGGGCUUUCUUGUCUUCUAGCGGUCGUGGGGUUGACCAAAACGCGUUACCGUCUCGAUUCUUACCGUUCUACGACAGAACGGCGAUCCAAGAUCGGAAAGGACUGGGGAAAAUAUUCUGGGACUACUUGAAGAACAUCAAGAUCAAGGACACACACGUUCAUCGGCUCCCGUCGAUCGCCGACAAGGUCAGGGGAACUUUCAGAGUGUCACCAGACCAAAUCAAGAGGCUCAAGAACCAAGUUUUGACACGUCGGCCAGAUCUGGUCCACGUGUCGACGUUCACCGUGAUUUGCUCGUACGUGUGGAACUGCCUGGUGCGAUCCCGGCACGCGGAAAACGAGGACGAGGAGGACGAGUUUUUCGGUUGCGUGGCGGAUUGUCGGGCGCGUUUGGAUCCGCCGGUGCCGGAGAACUACUUCGGGAACUGCCUCACGGCCUGUUACGGGUACGCGAAGGUGAGGGAACUGGUGAGCGAAGGGGGGCUUGCGGCGGCGGCGGCGGUGGUGGGAGGGAGCAUUCGCCGGCAACUGUACAAUGAAGAAAAGGAUGGGGUGUUCAAAGGCGGAGAGGAUUGGUUCAGUUUGUUCACGAAAUUGAACCCGGAUCGAGCCUUGGGCGUCGCCGGGUCGCCCAAAUUUGACUAUUACGGGCUGGAUUUCGGGUGGGGGAAGGGGAAGAAGUUUGAGAUGCCAUCCAUAGACAUAACAGGGGCCAUUUCUCUGAGUGGUGACCGUGAUGUGGAAGGCGGGUUGGAGGUUGGGUUGGCUCUGCCCGUUACCCAAAUGCACACUUUUUCAAAGAUUUUCGCUGCGGGUUUGGAGGCUCUAUAUGAUUGAUUAAUGAUGCUCGUACUACUUUUUUUCUCAAACUAGUACUCCUUUAUUUAUUUUAUACCCCUUUUAAUAAUAAUCCUUUUAAUAAUAAUGUUCUAUAUAUUCCCUCCGUUCCUAACUAUUUCUCACAUUUCUAAUAUCGAAGUAAAAUUUUAAGUUUUUU